UUUUGAGAAAACCUUAGAUAACUAGCCUUAGAUCCGGUGAUGCAAAUGAUGAUGAUGGAAAGAUGAAAAAGAUUUAGGAUACCCACCUGUUCGUGUAGUUUGGGGGAGGGGAUGAAGCUGUUUUCCUCUGUCUUCGCUUGGUUUGACUGCUGGAAACUUAUUGCCUCUUGUGGUGGGUCUUUUGUGUGUAAGAAAAGAAGCAGAAUGUUUGCUGUAGAGUUGCCGCUGCUCUCUGGCUGCUGCUGUCUUUUUUCUUAUUUGUUGUUGAUGCUUUGUAACAAGAGGAAAACGUGGAAUGGAGUCUUUUCUGUCUUUGACUGCUUUUUCGUUAUGAUGGUGACGUUUGUACGAAAAAGAAAGAGAGGAGGUAGAAGAAGGUUCCUCUUCUUUUUAUAUUCUCAGGGGAAAUGGAAGGCGUUGGGGAAUGAUCAGGAGAUGAAGAAGAAGAAGAAGAAGAAGAAGAAGAAGAAGAAGAAGAAGAAGAAGAGGAAGAAGAGGAGAGGGGGUCUGCUCCAUGUCCCUUUCAUCCCUUUCAUGGUUUGUGGGUUUUCUUUUUGUUGUCUUUCUUUCUCUCUCUCUUUGUGCAAGAACCGAAGAUGAAAAGAGGAAGAGAAGACCUGUUCUUCCCAGGGGAAAAGGAAAGAAGUAGCAGGAAGAGAAGAACCCUCUGCUUUUUUUGUUUUCGUUUGUCAUCAGAGGGAAAUCUCUCUUCUUGUAAGAGCCAUGGGGCUCCCUUUUUAUAGGAAAAUUGGCUACUUGUGCGCCAAGUUUUGCUACAGUAGUGGUCUGGAUUUGGGUCGGACCAGUUUGGGUUUGGUCAGACCUGAUUGGGUUGGCUGACUUUGACUCUUGUUGACUGAAUUGACCGAAAGUUGACUAUGACUUUAGGUCUUGAUUUAUUUUAUUGUUGUAUUUUAUUUGUAAAUUUAAUGGAAUAGCAUUGUGAUUGUAAUUUUUAUUUAUAUUUGAUUUAAUUCGAAUUUAGUUUAA